AUGGCUAAGAUGACUAAGCGAGCUAGACUUAGCAAAGUAGACAGGAUCAGUGGUUUACCUGACGAAAUUCUUUGUCACAUUAUGUCAUUCCUUCCAUUGAAAGAAGCAGUACGCACAUCCAUUCUUUCAACAAGGUGGAGUAAGGUUUUUACUUUGAUGUCUAAUCUUAACUUUGAGGAUUGUUUUAAAAUACGAAAAUCGGAGAGUUUUAGGUUCAUGAAUUUCGUGGAUCGAGUUCUGUUUUACCAUACUGGGGUUGUGGAUAAAUUACAUCUCAAGUGUGGAGAAUUUAUUGAUUCUUACCGGGUUGAUGGGUGGAUACGAUAUGCACUAAAGAACAGCGUUAGAGAGCUUGAUUUAUGCCUUAACUGUAAAGAGUUUAAGAUGCUGCCUGUUGGAGUUUUUACUUGCAAGACAUUGGUGUCAUUGAGAUUGGAUAUACACAGCAAGUGCAAGUUUGCAUUAGAACUGCCUGUUAAGAUUUGUUUUCCAAGUCUCAAAAGUCUCCAUCUUUCCGGUAUUGGAUUUCCGGAUGAUGAUUCAGUUCAAAGAUUCUUUUCAAGCUGCUCGGUGCUUGAGGAAUUGGUUGUAGAUAGAUGCUUCUUGAAAAAACAAUGCAAAUUCAAUGUUUCUAGCCCUACACUGAAGAGACUGACCAUAUCCUAUACAGGGGGAUUUUACGAAGACUAUGAGAUUUUGAUUGAUGCCCCUAGUCUUCUCUUCUUCAAAUGCUGUUACCUACCAAAACGCUUCUCGCUGAAAAAUCUGAACUCUCUUGUCAAAGCAUAUAUCGAUUUUGGAACUGUUUUUGAUUCUUAUGACUCUUUUGUCGCCCAUAAUACAGCUGCUACUGAUCUAUUCAAAGGCAUUAGUAAUGUUCAGUCACUUCAUUUAUCUGGUAUUUUUGCGCAGCUUUUCCUAGAAGGUAGUAGCAUAAUGCCUGAGUUGCCUAAGUUGACUUAUUUGAAUCUUGAUGGCCACUUCUUUGUUGGGUGGGAAAUAGUGUUACCACAUUUACUCGCAUGUUUUCCGGGCCUAGAAGCUCUUGUUUUGAAGGUCAAACUCAAUCACCAGUUUUCGAGCGACAUCAGCACAGUUAUGUCACAAAACAAGAGAUUUCCUUCCUUUCUGUGGUCUCAACUCAAGACAAUUGAAAUUUUAUCUUUUGAGGGUAGAAAAAAUGAGCUGCAAAUGGUUGAGUAUUUUUUGAAGAAUGCCAAAGCACUGGAGAAUUUCUCUGUACAGACUCUAGCAAAAGGAAAACAUCUGCCUGCAAAAUGGAUGUCAAAGAUCACUAAGCGGUUGUUGAAUUUACCCAAAGUCUCAGAGAAAUGUAAAGUCUUGGUUGUCUAAAGUUUCUCAAACUUUCUUAUGAAUUUACCAAAAGUUUCUCAAAGAAAUGGAGAUGCUUGACGCUCUGGCAGUGUUAUAUG